UGGACCGCAGUUCGAAGAGGAGACAAGUGAAGCCUUUGGCAGCUUCGCUGCUGGAAGCUUUAGAUUAUGAUAGCUCUGAUGACAGUGAUUUUAAAGUUGGAGAUGCUUCAGAUUCUGAAGGAAGUGGUCAUGGGAGUGAAGAUGCAUCAAAGGACAGUGGUGAAGGUUCCUGUACUGAAUCAGAAGAAAAUAUAUUGGAGGAGGAACCAGCAGAAGAGAAAGUAGAAGAACAACAGCCUAAAAGCUCUGCUGAAGAAGAGGUACCAACAGCAGACAAAGAGGUAAUUAAAACUGAAAAGAAAGAGCAAGAAGAUGAAGAAGAAAAGCCAAAAAAGAAGAAAGAGAAAGAAAAAGCAGCUGAACCUGAUGCUGUGCCUGAUGAGCAAACAAAUGAACCAAAAAAAUGGAAUUUGCGCAGGAACCGACCUUUGCUGGAUUUUGUAUCGAUGGAAGAACUGAAUGAUAUGGAUGACUAUGAUAGUGAAGAUGACAAUGACUGGCGGCCUACUGCUGAGAAAAAAAAAGGAAAAAACGCACUGCGAAAAGAGGGGAGUGAUGGAGAUAAUGAGGAUGAUGAAGAUGAUGGGAGUGGAAGUGAUGAGGAUGACAAUGAUGAGGAAGCUAAUGAAGAAGAUAAUAGCAGCACGGCUAGUGAUGGAGGAUCCAAGAAGAAGAAGAGUAAAGUUCUUAACAGGAAUAAUGCAGAUGAUGAGGAAUUGACAAAUGAUAGCCUGGCUCUUUCACAAAGCAAGAGUAAUGAGGACUCAUUGAUCCUUGAGAAGUCUCAAAAUUGGAGUUCCCAGAAAAUGGACCAUAUUUUGAUUUGUUGCGUUUGUCUUGGAGAUAACAGUGAAGAUGCUGAUGAAAUAAUCCAGUGUGACAACUGUGGAAUAACAGUGCAUGAAGUCUAUGUGUGUGUUGUAGAUGUAGGAGGUCUGGUUUUAAAUAAAUACUUCCAGAAUAAUUCUAAGGUGAAUGUAUGGAAUUUUAACAGCCUUACGGAAG